AAAGUUGAUCUGAAUCGACAUUAAAACACCAGUUGAACAAGUUGCUUUAAUCGACAAACAUCAAUAAUCAAUACAAUUCCUUAUUCACUUCAAUUUCUUACACUUUUGAUCUUUCGAUCUUUACACACAAACAAACAAAUCCAAAAAUGAAAUUCACUUUGAUCGCUCUUACUUGCCUUUUCGCCGUCGCUUGCGCCCAAUACGAUGCCUACCAAGGUGAAGCUGGUGGCAUGGGCGAAGCUGGUCCAUACUCUGGUGCUGAAGGUGCUGGUGCUUACGAAGGUGCUGAUGCCGCUGGAUACGGUGGACACGAAGGUUCAUACGAUGAAAACGCUGCCGCUGGUUAUGGUGGAGGUUAUGAAUCUGAAGGUGAAGCCGGAGGUGAAGGUGCCACCGGUUACGGUGCUGGUGUUGGUGCUGGAGCUGAACAAGGAGGUUAUGAACAAUAUGAAGCUUACGUUUAAAUGAUCAAUUAACCAUAGGGCUGGUCACCUAAUUAAUGAUCAAUGAUCACUGAUUUACCUCACCAAUGAUCAACUAAACAUAUCUUCCUCUCUCUCUCUCUAUCUCUUAUAACAACUUUGAUCUUUUCUUCAUCAAUUAUCAUUCAGAUUUCAUGAUAUUCAUUCAGAUUAAUCCUGAUUUUCCUGAUGAAUCAUCAAUAUAUCGGAAAUGAUUGAAAAAAGAAUUCGAGAAAAGUUUCUAUUUGUAAUAUUUUCUUUUCCUCCUUUCCACCCACUUAUAUAUCUUUCUCCCACCCUCAAUCCAUCAUGUAAAUUACUUCCCGCUCCCCCACACACACUAUCUCUCUCAAUUCUGUUCUAGGUGUAAAUAAAUUCAACUUCCUCUUAAACUAAACUCUAAAACAAAAACAAAAACAAA